CAUUAUUAAAUUUGAAGCCUCUGUGAAUCUGUUCAAUCAUGGUCCCCUACGUGUUCUUGUGGACAGUUGUGUGGCCACUCCAUUGCCUGAUGUGCAAGCUCAGCCCAGAUAUUCCUUUAUUGAGAAUCAUGGGUAAGAUUCAUUCUGCAAUAGUUGCCCUCCAGCUAGGUCCAGGAGGUAAUGCCUGGCAGCCAGACAUUUUUAGGUUAAAUGUUUGGUGUAGGGUUGCGUCAAGUUGGUUUAGAUGCUUUGUGGAUGGCAAGUCUACAGGUUCCAGCUCCUACUUCCUGCCUCAAACUCGGACUGACCAACUGCAGUUCCAGCUUGAAGCCUUCCUGUUCCAGCAAGGAGACCAUCCCUCUAUCUACAUCACAUGCAUUCUGAAGGCCACUCUUGCCUCCACACCCACUGAUGCCCAGCACAAGUCUUGUUCCUUCUAUUCCAAUGGAUGACUGGUCCUUCCAGAGGCCUUCCAACUUGUUUUUCCUGGGUGACAUUAUUAAAUUUGAAGCCUCCGUGAAUCUGUUCAAUCAUGGUCCUCUACGUGUUGUUGUGGACAGUUGUGUGGCCACUCCAUUGCCUGAUGUGCAAGCUCAGCCAAGAUAUUCCUUUAUUGAGAAUCAUGGGUGCUUUGUGGAUGGCAAGUCUACAGGUUCCAGCUCAUACUUCCUGCCUCAAACUCGGACUGACCAACUACAGUUCCAGCUCGAAGCCUUCCUGUUCCAGCAAGGAGACCAUCCCUCUAUCUACAUCACAUGCAUUCUGAAGGCCACUCUUGCCUCCACACCCACUGAUGCCCAGCACAAGUCUUGUUCCUUCUAUUCCAAUGGGUGGUUUGCUGCUGAUGGCAAUGACCAAGUCUGUGGCUGUUGUGACUUGACGUGUGGAGCAGACAGUUUGAGUGCCCCUGCUGGCUAUGGAGGUCCUCAGUGGGAAGGGAAGACCACCUUUGGUCCCAUCAUGGUUCAAGGGCAGAAAAAGACUGGAUUUCAAUAAAACUGGCAAAAUGGGCCAUAUUCCUUUUACUCUGUUUGGCUUUGUGUUUUUCAUGUGACUCUGAACUACUCCUAGGA